UUGGCUACAUUUAGAAUGAUCAAGAUGAAACUCCAAGUGAUAUUAUUUACGACGUUCGUUGCGUUUGCAACGGUUAAUUGUCAUUUUCUUCCGGAUUUCGGUAAGGGACCAUUACAUGAAGAUAUUCAAUACUUCUUGGACAUGAUUCCCAUGGAAAAGGUGAUAAAUACCGUUCUGGAAUAUGCCGCGAAUGAUGUCGAAUUCCAAGAUUUUCUCAAGUAUUUCUCAACAACUGAAUUCAAGGAUAUGAUUGUCGAUGUCGAGGCUAUGCCUGAAUUCCGUAGAUUCGCGAAUUACUUGCAAAAUAACGGUGUUUUCAUUUACGAUGAAUUGAAUAAAUUGAACAAGGUAAUCGGAAUUCCAGCCAUUCACCAGUACAAUUAUAAAAAAAUCACCGGUGGAGUGAAAGGUUUGUUCGAUGACGUCAAGGCACUUAUCUCCUAUGAUAAAUUCAUACAUGGUUAUGUGUACAAGAUGAGGACUUCUGAGGCUUUCCGUGACUUCGUAGCCGAAUUGAAAUCUAAAGGUAACCAAGAAUUUGCCGAUGCUCUCUAUGUAAAUCAACGUUAUUUGAACUUCCGUGCAUUGAUAAUCAAGAAGGGCAUUGAUUUUGUCUUGAUCGAAGACAUUAUUUACACCGUCCUUGGAGUUGAAUUCCCAGUAAUCGAAACCAUGGAAACUUUCGCCUCUCAAGAAUUGUCCAAAGAUCUUCAUGAUUUCAUGAAUUUAAUUGAUAAAAAUAAGAUUUUAAAUAUUAUCAAUUCCUAUUUGGAAGAUGAUGAAGUACAGAAAGCUCUUAAAUAUAUGUAUAGCGACGAAUUCCAUGAUUUGGUUCGCAUCGUUGAAGCUAUGCCUGAAUAUCAAGAUUUGGUAAAAUUCUUGGAAAAUUCUGGUCUGAACAUGACCGAACUAAUCAACAAAAUCCAUCAUUUGUUCGGUAUGGAAGACUACGUGCCGCCUAAAGUUAAUAUUAAAUACCUAUCCAUGAGUACAUACUCCAAUCUUGGUGGAGUUAAAGCUUUGGUUGAUGCUGUGAAAGCUGCUCUUCCAUUGGACAAAUUCAGAACUCUGUACGAUGAAAAAAUGAAAACAUCAGCUGCCUUCAAAACCUUCAUAGAAAAACUCCGCUCGGACGAUUUCCAACACAUCGUCAAAACCGUCUACAGUUCACCUAUCUUUUUGGAAAUGAGACAAAAGUGUAUCGAAGCUGGAUUGAAUCUCGAACCACUCAGAGAUUUGAUUGAGAAUGUUCUUGGCAUUCAUCUCCCUAGACCUUAAAUCCAUUCUAAAUUCGUUAUAUGAUGAUAAUAAAUUUUUAAGUUUUGUUACAAAAUUUUUUAAAAAAUUUGUAAAAAUUUUGUAAAAAAGCUCUAAUCAUUUAAAUAUUAUCUCAAUAAAUUUCAAAAUUGUUAUAA